AUGCACGCUCCCUGCUCCUGCUACCACUUCUCCUCCUGGCACGAACCACCGCGGCCGCGGCUGCGGGCUCCCUGCCACUCGGACGACCUCCACACGCUGUGGGCCUUCGCCGAGAACCUCACGGCCGCAGCCGCCGCUGCCCUCCGCACCGCGUGGUCCUCGUCACCCGCCGCAUCGCGCUGCGCCUGGGACAACGCGGUCUGCGACGCUGUCGGCCGUGUCGCGUCCCUGCGCCUCCCCGCCAACGGCCUCUCAAGCCCCCUCCAGCCGGCACCGCUCGCGGGCCUCGCACGCCUGCGGGACCUCGAGUCCUCGACCUCAGCCGCAACGCGCUUGCGGGGCCCCUCUCCGCGCUCCUCGCCGCCAUGCCCCCCCGCCCUUCGCGCCGCCAACCUCUCCUCCAAUCUGCUCCACAGCGCGCUGCCCGACCUCGCCGCGCUUCCGGCGCUCUAG